CAUGGCCUGUGACUUCGCGACGCCGCAAACAAAAUGGCUCUGAUUUUUGCAGACUACAAAAAGUUUUAGUUUUUGCCAAAUUGCCAAUGCCUUAGUGGCCAAAAAGUCGAUGCAAACGGACCAAGUAAAGAGUGCGCGGUUGCUGCGACGGUGAAGAUGGAAGCUGGCUACAGGAAUAAGACAGUAGAGCUCUGCAAAGUGAAAAAUCAAGCAGCCGAUGUCUUGGGCAUUUGUGGCAUAGUAGUAGGAUACGAAAACUAGUUCUCACGCACACACACACACGGACUCUGCUGAAGACGCAAGCUGUCGCACAAAAAAAGUCUCAUUUCUUCGUUGGCCAAAUAUGGAGGGCAUGGAUCUGUGGACAUCGAUGUUCUCCUCGGACUUCGAAGAGGGUGAACCGGAGACUGGGGAGGCGGAACUGGAAGAGAGCGAGCAGUAUGGCAAUGACAACGACGAUUUUCCUGGGGAUUCAGAGAUCCUGGAAGCAGGUGACGCCAUUGAUGACCUGCUGGAUGGUGAAGAGGGUGACAGGGAGGAGGAGGAGGAGGACUAUGGCGACGGCAGCAAGGGAGCAAAACCUCUCGAUCCAGAUGACGAUGCCCUCUUUGACUUCGAUAUGGAGCCAAUCGUAAACAUUGCAGAGACACAGCCAUCGGUUCUAACUCCUGCUGGACCAAUGGCCCCCCAAGUGCGUCCUCCCAUGCAGCGUCACUCUGUUCCCGGUUCUCAGGGUCGUCCUAGAUUAAAUCCCGGACUCUCUAUACGCCCCACGACCUCGCAGAUAAAUGCCACCGAUGAGAAUGGGGUUCCCAUUAACUAUGAGCUGGGUGUGGUCUACAUUUGCCCCGCUUGUGGUGGAGAGUUCCGACAACAGGACCACUGGAAGCGGCACAUGAACCACAUUCACAAGUACAACACAUUGAGGGGCCUCAAUUUCACGCCGCUGGACAAGCUCUAUCAGCGUUGCAAGGAGUGCAACAAGCGGAUUGCCAUGCACAGCCGGGAAAACCUGCUGAAGCACAAGUUCACGCACCUGCCCUUCAGGUGCACCAAGUGCUACAUCUGCAAGAGGGAGUACAAAUACAGGCAAGAUCUUAUGGUGCAUCUGCGUAUGGUUCAUUGCGAUGAAGUGGUGGCCAUGAUGCGUGAGGGAUACAAUGCUGCAGGUCGCAAGACACGGGUUCGGGAAUCGCGCGUUGAGCAGAUGCAGCGGGAGAAGAGCUUUCACGAGGAAAACGACUUCACUGAAGACUUGGAUCGCGUAGAGGUGCGAAACGAGGUGCUCGAGCCGGACGCCGAUGAGCUUGGUAUCCUCGAGCAACCGUUUCCGCAGGAGGUUGCCAAGAAAAAGUCGACUGGCAUGCGAGGUGCAGCCGAGCUGUGCGAGGAUUACAUCCACUACAUGUGCCCCGACUGCGGAACCGAAUGCGAUACCCACGCUCAGUGGAGCCAGCACAUCGAAUUUGUUCACGACUACGUCAGUCGACGAGGGCUUAACUUUCGGAGCGUAGACAUGCAAAUGCAGUGCCUCGAGUGCAAAAAGAUUGUAAUCCCCAACACCAUCAAAUCACUACGCGCCCACAAGUUCAGCCAUUUAUCUCAGCCUGAGUGGCUGCGCUGCAAACUCUGCUACAAGGGCUACACGGAUCAUCAGGAAGUUAUAAGGCAUCUGCUGCAAACGCACCAUAUGAACUCGCUGCUGUCCGAAGACGCAGAGGAGGAGGAUCCGGCAGUGACCGUAAUAAUGGAGGAUGAAGACGUCGAGGACAAUGGAAAUGGCGAGGGAAACGGCACCUUAUUGGACGAGGAUUCGCCCUACUUUGAAGAUGCUCCCCGACGUGGCGGUCGCAUCAGCAGCGACGACAUUUACGAGCCCCACAUCGACUACCUUUGUCCGCAGUGUGGCAAGGAGUUCAUCGAGAAGAAGCAUUGGCGCACCCACGUAGUGAUGGCGCACAACAUGAACGAUCUGUCCAAGCUGAACUUCGCGAUGAUCAACGAGCGGCAGCUGCAGUGCACCGAGUGCGAGAAGGUCAUUACGAAUGCCUAUGGAAUCCAGAAUGCCCAGCAGCACAGGAUCACGCAUCUUCCAUUCAAGGCGUACGCCAGGUGUCGCAAGUGCCACAAGUCCUACACGGACAGGAAGGGUCUCGUCAAGCAUCUUGCCACCCAUCAUCGUGUUGGUUGCGGGCCACGAAAGUCCGCUGGCGGUUCCGCUGGCCCUGCUUCGAUGCCCACGCCUCCCAAGCAGCCGCGUAGGCAAAUUGUGACUGUGGCCAAUGAAACGUACGAGAUUAUUUACCUAGACGACGUGGAGCAAAGCGGCAUGGAGGAUGAAAACGACAUUGGUGAGCAAAUGCAAGCGGAAGAGGAGGACUAUCCGAUUGCACUGCCUGAACCACCACCACCGCCGCCGCCAUCAACCUCGCAAGCAUCGCAUCAUCGCUACAAAUGCGUCCACUGCGGCUCACUCUUUCCCACUCAGGCGGCUGUGCGCGUUCACAUCAGCGAGAAACGUUGUAGGAAGACUAUGGGCAGAAGGCAUCGACAGGCCGUGGCCAACGCAGACCCAUCCGCUGCCACUGUGGAACAGAACUACAUCUUUCUGUGCCCCUCCUGCGGCAUGGAGUACAAGACGCAGUUCGAGUGGCGUCGUCACAUCAACGAGGUGCACAACUUUGACAAGCGGCAGUAUCUUAAUAUGCGGCAGUUGGACAAGUAUCGCUACCAGUGCACCCAAUGCAAGGACAUUGUGUGCAACUCGAAGCUGAAGGGCCUGCAGGACCAUCACUUCCGCCACCUACCAUACAGACUGUAUCUCAAGUGCCUGAUCUGCGGCACCUGCUACAAUCACAAGCCGAACAUAGCUGCCCAUUUGAGAGCCCGCCACAGCAUCUACGACAGGGAAAACCCGUUGAAGAUCGCCAAGCCGAAGCAUGCAUUCGGUCGCUACAAGGAAGGGAGUAGGGAAAAGCCAAGAGUGCCCACACCGCCACAGGCAGCGCCCUCUCCGCCGGGAUGCUCUUCCUCUGCUGCAUCCGCUGCGAGUAGUCAACGCUCCCUUAAACCGCAGCCCGGCGGUCUGCCAACCCGACCUGCCGGUCUGAACACCCUGGAGGACAGCAUCUCGUAUCACAAUGCCGUGGAUCUGGACUUCAUCACGUACUUCUGCCCCAAGUGUAACCAGAACUUUGACUCGCACGCCUUCUGGCGCAAACACAUCGUGGAACAGCACAACUUUAAUAGCCGCGAGGGUCUGAACUUCCGGCAGAUCGACAACCAUCACUACCUGUGCCUGGAGUGCUACAAGCGGGUGACUGUGACCCACACCAAGGGCGCCAUCGGGCAGCUGCAGUCGCACAAGUUCCGCCAUCUGCCACAUCGCUCCUUCAAGUGUUUAACCUGCGAUGGCGAGUUUGUGCGCAAGCAAAUGUUCUUCAAGCAUCUCAACCGCGACACCAAUCGUUGUGACAAUCGACCGCACCGGGACUUGGAGGAAGAUGAUCCCGAUCAGGAGCCAAGUCUGCGUUCCAUCUACCAAUUGGCGUGUCCGCAGUGCGGCGAUAACUUUACAACCCGCAGCAUGAAGCAGUGGCGCGAGCACAUCAACGACUACCAUGGUCUUACCAAGCUGAAUCUCCUGCACAUGACCAAGAUUGGCGAAGAUCUCUACCGCUGCCAGGACUGCAACGAGGAGCUUCAGACGAGCAGGCAGUGGGUGCUGCAGUUCCAUCGUAUUCAGCACCUGCCGCACGCGGCUUACAUCCGAUGCAAACUGUGCAAGAAGAGCAGUGAAGCGGUUGGAACAUCGGCGGGCGAAUUGCACAGCCUGCGAGAGCUGCAGCAACAUCUCCGUAAACACCAUCCUGCGCUGGGCGAAAGCGAAAUGGCAUUACUGCGCGACCAGAUCAUCCUGGAGGAGAAGGAGCAGGAGGAGGCCGCCGAGGUGCCCGCUGAGGAGGAAGAAAACCAGGCUGGCCAGGAAUCGGGACCCUAUAUGCCGCUGCCACCGCAUUUGCUGGACGAGAGCGACGACGUAGAGUUCGAGGACCAGUAUCUGCUGGGCUGAAUCACCUCAUACGAAUUGUUUCGAUAUUAUAAAAUAACCAAGUCUUUGGGGUGGAAUGUAAUCUGUGGACCAUAUUAGAAUCUCACUGGUUCUUAAGUAACCACACAUUUUAAAGGGUUUUUUUUAAUCUGUUUGUAAAGUGCAGCUAUUUUUUGUGAUCUUUAUACUUGGAUUAUUGUUUUUCGUAUGCUUUACAUUAAAACGAAUUCGAUUUAUAAACAUUUUGUAUUGGUAAAAAAACAAAUCACAUUUGUCAACCGCAUUACCGAAAUAAGUGCCAAAUUAAAAUCGAGUUCGAGUAAGGUAGAGGUCCAAUUCAGGUAUGAAAACUUGUGGUCAGGGAUAUAACAGUUUUUAUAGCGGUCUCCAAAAUUCUGCCCCUCAGAUUUGCCCUUUUUUUUAUCACACAACUCAGAUUAACCCAAUCCACUUCCACAAACAUCUGUACUUCCAGUGGUAUGCAGAAUCUGAUAGCGGCUCUUAAGGGCUGCCCUUUCAUGAGAUUAAGUAAAGUAUUUUUAAAGUUUACCCAUAGACACAGACUAACUUUAGUUUGGACUCUUAGCCUUAAGUUAUUUCUAGGCCGCCCUUUUAAAUUAAUAGUUGUAAGUACUCAAGCUAUUUAUUUGCAGUCUAAUCUUAAUGAAAUUCACCUGAUAUUAUCAAAAUUAUAAUAAAAGAAUUAUAAAUAUAUUUUGACGGUUUCGAAACCCGACUCUUUGCGCUAAUCAGAAAUUAGUAAUCAAAAAGAUGGUCUUAGCACAUGUUAAUAAAUAAGACUUCUAAUUCGAUA